AUGGCGGCGGUGGCGACAGCAGGGAGCCGGCGACUGCCUACGGCUUGGCGAGCUGGGCGAUGGGUGAGGGGGAUAUCAGGGCUAACAGAGAGAGACUUUGACCAGUUUGCCCCCGAGGCUACCUCUUUCAACUUCAAGACCAUCGACCCGCCUUUGAUUAUGCUCGACAAUGCUCUUGACUUGCUCAAAGCAUCGCUCAUCCCCUUUCGCGUACCUACGCAUUUCCCUGCUGGCAGCUCGCCGCUGAGCGAGCGACAGUCGGCCAUCGACGCCCGUCCCAUGUAUCACUUUGUCUGUACUCGGCUUUUACCCGAUAUUGAGCUGCCCGAGCGACUGCGUCAUCAAACUGUGACCGAUGAAAAGGAUCUUCCUCUCCGUAAUACCAUUUCCUACGGUCAGCGAGAGGCCCUUGCUUACCUUCCGCAAGUGUGGCCAUCAAACCAAUUAGACUACCAUGCCAUUGAUGCAUCGCAAGCCAUGCACGAGGUUCUGGCUGCCGUUGCACCUAGUCCCGAACACGUGCACUUGCGUCAAUUUCGCUACGUCAACCUCAAUCAGCAGGAACGACAUGACCUCACGGUGGCAGCCUACACACUCAGCGAGCAGCCCAAUCUGCGUGCACGUCGGACUGCCCUUGAGCUUCUCUGGGCCAAGACAGAACGCUACAUGGUCUUGAUUGAGCACGGCUACCAUAACGGGUUUCAGCUUCUCUUGCAAGCUCGCGAAUGGCUCAUGGCACAGGAGGACUUUGGCACCAUGGUAGCACCCGAUCCGCGGCGGGAUGCGAAGGGCCUGCCGUCACCUCACUUGGGAUUCUUCUGUCACCUGGCCCGCAUCUCUCUUUUGACAGUGUCCUCAUCAACUGGCCUGCCCACUGGGCCCCACGUUGAAGCCGUGCCAAGUUCCACUUCGCGUCAGCGCGCCGGCGAAAUUGGUGAGGUGGAGACAGUGCGACGUAGCAAGCGCUUCGGCAAGGCUUGUUGGGAGGACAGCAAUGCGCGCGUGUGGGGAGAUCGCCUCCCGCCACUCUCCGCGCUCGACUCUGACGCGCUGUCUGAAGCAAGGCAUCAAGACAAUACCGCGGGCGACACAGCGGCGCAGCCGACCGAUUAG